GGUUUUUGACGAUAUUAUCGUGACGAUGAAUUAUGCAUUGGACAAACUUCUUGACUUGUUAGAGAAGGUUCUUUAUGGCGAAAUUGAGCAUGAUGAAGGAGUAUGUAUGAUUUUUGAUCAUGUCUAUGAGAUCAGUAUGAAGCUCAGGUCGAUCCAUAAUUUUAAAGUGCAAAUUGAUUAUGAUGCGCUCGACGUAGAAUUGUUUUGCUCGGUACAGGAUUUAGUUCGUGGUCCCCCAAUUUUGACAAGUUUGAUUCCUUCGGAGUUACAAAAUUUUAGAACACACAUGUUGGGCGCUAUGAAAAUUCUCAUUGAUACUCCGCCUUCUGCGCCAAAUCUGGUCUCUACAGUACUUGAGCAACACAUUGAAGCAUAUGGUCAAGCAUCCAAGGAGGAAUCAAGUGUUGACUCACAAGUUGGAGAUGAAGUGGACACCGGGCCCGAAGCAAUAAACAAAGAUGACGGGGGGUCCAACAUUGUGGGAAAAAAUGAAGGUCCUCUUGUAGAAGAUGUUGCUAAUGUCGACAAGUUAGAUUCUACUUUUCAGGAAUUUUAUACCUCAGCUGGAGUAGUCAUUGCAAAGGAUGAUGUUCCAAAAAGUGUUGAAAAAGUGGCAGAUGGAGAUGCUAAGCAAGCAUGCUCACUUAUUUUGAUUGACACCAUCAAAUUAUUUGAGCUUGCCGAUGUUGUCCCGUAUGAGCACCGGGGUUCAAAGAAAAUAGUUCAAGGCAAGUUUGGUAUACUCUUAUAUUUCUACCGCUUUACUUCAUCUGAGAAGCUCCUUGAAGAUUGGUCUACAACUGGACAUCUGUUCUGGUUCAACACGUUCUCACAUGUCCAAAAGCUUGAGUGGGAACCUCCACCGUGAGGACAAGGUGGUUUUUAAGGGGGCGAGAAUGAUAUGAUAGUAUAUUAGUCAUAUUAUUUAUUAAUUAGUAGUCUUUAUUAAUAUCUUAUAUUUAAUCUAGUUUAGGGUUUAGUUACUUUAGUAUGGGCCCGAGCCCAUUAGGUCAUUUCGUGUUACCGUAUUACUCUAUAUAUUGUAAUCCUUUCCCGUUAUUCUGGAAUCAAUAAAGAAAUAUCAAAACUUUAA